AUGCCCAUGCUAGAGAGGGAGAUCAUUAAGAUCCGAGCACAGACAGAGGGUAUCAGCAUCAGCGAGGAGGCGCUGAACCACCUGGGGGAGAUCGGCACCAAGACCACUCUGAGGUACUCAGUGCAGCUGCUGACCCCGGCCAACUUGCUGGCAAAGAUCAACGGGAAGGAUAGCAUCGAGAAAGAGCACGUUGAGGAGAUCAGUGAGCUCUUCUACGAUGCCAAGUCCUCAGCAAAGAUCCUCGCAGACCAGCAGGAUAAGUACAUGAAGUGACUUGACGUGCCCAGGUGUUUUGCAGGGAGAAGCCCACGUGCCUAGGCUGGGUGCAGCCCAUAAACAGAUGGGCUGUCCCCCAGACUGGCCGCCGAACCUCUGGUUUGAAGUGUUGUUAGCUCCCCGUGGAAAGUGUUUCUUCUUUCUUCUUAAAUGAUCAGAACUUCCGUGGCUGCUUUGAAGGAGCCAUCCUCACCUGGCAUGUUUUUAAAUAAAACCUUAGAGAGAAUCCUGAUGCCCUCUCUCUCUCUUUAAACUUUUUCAAAAUAAACUUUUCUAAUAUACCUAAGGCACUGGGUUCAGUCCCUAGCACCACAAAAAAUGAAUCAACAUUUAGAUUCUUGGCUUGACUAUGAAGGCAGAAUAGGAAGUUCCUGUGAGCUUGCACCUGCCUCUGUCACUGUCGACACUAGUGUUACGUGGCACACUUGUCCCAGGGAGUGACCAGCACUGACCACUAUUACGCUGCACUCACAUUCCUCAGUUAGACCUAAUGCCUUUUUUCU